AUGAACCCUCGAACAGGCGGAGCGUACACCUCCGCUCCUGACACACCGUCUCCCAUCUUCCCCGAGCGGCUCAUCCGGCCGCUGCCCAAGAGACCGCUGCGUUCCCGUCUCUCCUCCGACGCUGCAGACACCAUCCUCUACCCUCCCUCACAGCCGACCACACAGCUCUUCUACGGGGCCUACUCGACCACCGGAGACUCCCUGAACGACGCCAAGGUCUACGUCCAGCGUAACAUCUACGGCUACGAACACAGUGCUGACGGUGGUGACGGGGACCACGACCACCACGACCACCACCAUGACCAUCACCACCACGACCACCACGAUCAUGACCACGAACAUGACCACGACCACCACGAACACGAACACGACCACCACGACCGCCACCCUUAUGAGGACGGGCUGGAGUCGGGUGAAGAUGACGGACCGGUGGUUGUCCGUCGAGGUGUAGGGUUCCAGCGAGCUUCGGUUCCGUCGUCUGCGGUGGGUGGCGCAAAGGGGGCAUCGACCGGCACCCAGGACGGCUAUGAUGCGUUUGAAAAUACAAAUAAUAAGAAAAAGAGGAAGAUACCUACGUCCGGCGGGUUAGGAUGCCAUUCCAGCCUCUCCUCAGAGAUUGCAAGCUUGUCUUGCAGCGGGGGUUCUGGUGCUUCGAUUUCAGUGGACGAUGGCAGCGGGUCGGGUUCAUACUACGGCUCAGGGAACCCUGCCUCCCCCGUUGGAACUGCUGGCAUGUCAGGUAAAGGUCGAUAUGGAAGGAAUGGCUCUGGCCGUGGUGCUACCGCCCGGACACCGCUCGCUGCCCAUUCACCGAACUCAUGGUCCACCGGUCGACGUCACGAUAGUGCCCUGGCCCAGGAAAACUUUGAACCAGGUAAAGACCAAGGUAUAAUAUCUGCAGCAAUAGCCAAUGCCGCUGCAGCUCUCUCUUCGUCCGCUCCCCAGGGCCAAAAGAGUAUCAACUUGCUCGACCAGACCAAAAGAUCGGCCCCGGCCAAAACGCAAUUCACGUUUACCUGCGAGUCAGAUUCCUCUAGAGGCAUGGCCUGGCAGUCCGCACACCCGUACUCUCUCCCCGAACACCACCGCUCCGUUGCUCAACCCCCCUUGCCAGGCCAACGGGGGUUCUCUACCCAAGGAACCCAGACAAGUCCCAACAUGGCCACCCAAGCAAACCACCAACAACAACAGCAACAGGCUCGUCAACAGCAGCAGCAGCAGCAACAACAACAGCAACAGCAACAGCAGCAACCACCAGGUCAAACCCAGACACCAGCUCCACCGCCUCGAAAACCUCGUCGUUCCGCCCGUGCUAUCUACGCCCACGCCGCCCGCCAACGUCGCAUCCAACAACAAUAUACCAACCUCCACCACCCGCCUGACCUCGAAAGCAUCUGGAUCUGUGAAUUCUGCGAAUACGAAAGCAUCUUCGGCCAUCCUCCUGAAGCUCUAAUUCGACAAUAUGAAAUAAAGGACCGCAAGGAACGCAGACGAUUAGCUGAGAAGCGCCGAUUACUUGAAAAGGCCAAGAUGAAGGGCCGCAAGGGGAAGAAGGGGAAUAAGAACGCCGCCAAACAGAAUGCUGCUGCACUGCAUGGUCAGAGUCAGGGCCACGUUGACCGAGCUCCUCAUCCGAACGAUCAGAAUAUACCACCCGAUCACGACGAUAAUGGCGAAGAGUACGAUGAUGAUUAUGAAGAUGAUGGACAUGACGAUAUACAUACAGACGCAGCCCCGCGUAUCCCACCCUCAAUCCCCAAACACCAUCACCCUCCGUCCCCGCCGAAUUCAAUGCAAGAUGGUACCGGUGGUUGCGGCGGCCUGCAGUCGGGAAAAGUUCCAGCUGGUGGAGGAGGUCCUGGACGAGCUGGUUGA